CCCAUCGACUAGGACCUACCCAAAUCAUCGGAAAGUGCCUGCUCAAGAACCCCAUCACUGGCAGGGAUGAAGUCGUAUCGCAGGACACCAUCGAGGUUGCGCGCCGGGCCACCCGGACUUCUCGUCCAUGGUGCUGGGAACGCUGGAGAACUUGCGGAUCGCAUGGAAAGAAUUGAGUACCAGAGUGGCUACCUAAUCUCGGCUCGUGUGCGGGCAUUGAAUCCCGGCCAGGUCACAAUCAUAGCGUCUGUGAGUCUGGCAGAUGGCACAAAGCUGCCCGCCACCAGCGUGGAGCUAAUUGUUUUCAAAACACUGGAGCUGCUCGGACCCAAGCCCAUCAAAAUGGACUCAAUUCUGGCGGCGCCCCGCAGCACGCAUCAGCUGAAGUCCAACAUGGUCGAUGCGGUCUAUAAGCUGGAUGAGCAGAGCAGCGGCAUUGUUAGCGUGACGCCAGAUGGCAUUGUCCACACAAAGGAAACCCUCGGCCGGGAUCUGAUAAUUGCCGAAACCGUGGACCAAAAUCUGCCCAUCGCCAUUGAGGUGAAAAACGUGCAGUACAUCCUGGUGUCGCUGUUGCCCCACAUGAAAUUCAAGAAGCUCGAGCACAAACUCCCGCGUGGCAUGAACUUUCUGUUCCUGCUGCAGGACAAUCUGGGCAACGAGUUCUCGCACAACGUAGAGGACGCCAAUGGGCUGCGCUACGAUCUGGCCACGAAGGAUGUGGUUCAUGCUCAGAUCGACAAUAAUCUGACAAUUGCGGUGCAGCUACAACGGGAGACAAACAACAUGAUUUCCAUCAGUUUAAAGGACACAACGGGCGUUAAGUAUGCUGAUGACUAUAUCCAGCUGUCCGUGGUUGAGUCGAAGAACAUCUACCCCAGCUAGACCAUUCUCUGUGGGCGACAUCAUUUGCUUCGAUUCACCGCUAACGUUGUCAUCGAUUUGGAGCAGCUCCAAUGAGCAGAUUGUGACGAUUAAUAAGCACACAGGCACAUUGCGUGCCCGCGUGCUGAACCAUCGCCACAAGCUGGGUGAAAAGAUUUCUAUCACCAGCGGCGAUAAGGCCAACCGAGGGGGUUUCUUCACGUACGAUCUGGAGGUGCGCGAGGAGGUGCCUGCUGCAAAUAUACAACUCCUCUAUCCAGCGCCUCCGCUGUUCAGCUGCUGUUCCUAGAAUCGCAGGAACCUGGUAUGCAGACAGGUAUGCACACUCUCCUCAAAGUAACUCCUGCUAACGCUCUCUCAUUCCAUGUCGCUUGGUGGCCAAGAACGCUCUCGGCCGGCAGCUACUGAAGCUCUACAAG